GAGGAAAUGAGGGACAGCACCACGGAUCUUCCAGCCAACUGACCCAUUCACAGCUAGCUAGCUACACCCUGCCCAUUAAUGUCUGUCAAAGAAACACCAUCGAAAGUCACAGCCAACGCCCUCUCCUCGCUGGACAUCAGCAAGGCGUCAAAGACGGACCUGACCGCGUCUCUGGUGGCUGCGGCCAACGCCAAGGCCGCUGCUGCCGGGCUUGCACCGGCAGUCGCCGUGGAGAAGGUGUCGAAGGAGGCGGAGGAGCACAAGGCGUUCCUGAGCCAGCACCGGGUGCACCGACACAAGUUGAAGGAGCUGGAGAAGGACGAGCCGCUGUUGGUUGAAAACAAGAGACGGUUUGUGCUCUUCCCGAUCAAGUACCACGAGAUCUGGCAGAUGUACAAGAAGGCGGAGGCGUCGUUCUGGACGGCGGAGGAGAUCGACCUCUCGAAGGACCUGCACGACUGGAACGAGCGGUUGAACGACAACGAGCGGUACUUCAUCUCGAGGGUGUUGGCGUUCUUCGCUGCGUCGGACGGGAUUGUGAACGAGAACUUGGUGGAGAACUUCAGUGCGGAGGUGCAGGUGCCGGAGGCCAAGUGCUUCUACGGGUUCCAGAUCAUGAUGGAGAACAUCCACUCGGAGACGUACUCGUUGUUGAUCGACACGUACGUGAAGGACCCCAAGGAGAACGAGUACCUCUUCAACGCCAUCGACAACAUCCCCUGCAUCAAGGAGAAGGCCGAGUGGGCGCUGCGCUGGAUCAACGACAAGGACGCCUUGUUUGGCGAGCGCUUGGUGGCCUUUGCCGCCGUGGAGGGCAUCUUCUUCUCGGGCUCCUUUGCGUCCAUCUUCUGGUUGAAGAAGCGGGGGCUCAUGCCCGGCUUGACCUUCUCCAACGAGCUCAUCUGCCGUGACGAGGGCUUGCACACCGACUUCGCCUGCUUGCUGUUCUCCCACCUCAACAACACCCCGGACGAGUCGAUCGUCCGCAAGAUCAUCAUCGAGGCCGUCGACAUCGAGAAGCGCUACUUCACCGACGCCUUGGCCGUCAACUUGUUGGGCAUGAACAAGGACUUGAUGUGCCAGUACGUGGAGUUCGUGGCCGACCGCUUGUUUGUCGCCCUCGGCUGCGACAAGCACUACAACGUCACCAACCCCUUCGACUUCAUGGAGAACAUCUCGCUUGCCGGCAAAACAAACUUCUUCGAGAAGCGGGUCUCCGACUACCAGAAGGCCGGCGUCAUGGCCAAGAAGGACGACGCUGCCGCCGAUUCCGGCUUCUCCUUCGACGACGACUUCUGAUCCACGCGUCCGACCGCCUUUCUUCUCUUUCUCUCUUUCUUCUCUUGCUCUCUUUCUUUACUUUAUUAUCUCUUUCUUUCCU